UGGAAUACUGCACUGCUGUACCUUUACUUUGGCUCUCGUUGAUUCUAAGGUCAUAUUCAUAAGAAUUGCAAGCCUUAUUUCAUGGGAUGGUUACCUGUAAAAUGCGAAACGAAAUCGAAAGGAAACGAAAUCUACCGAAGCAAAACGAAACCUACCGAAACGGGUACCCUUAUUUCAUACGACAUGCCUGCUGUUGUAGGCACGGUGAAAUAAAUACACGAAUUUUCGGUGAACCCACGGAUACCUUAUCACCCUGCCCUUUUUCUGAUCUUGCACACGCCGAAUUUCAAAGUUGCAGGAAUACAUUUGACGACAGUGUUUUGCCUAUUGAAACAGUUCUAUGGGACAGCCUUCCACCUUUCACUAUUUGUAACUACAAAUGUAUUUCGAAAGAAGGAGAAAGCGUUUCACGCAUGUGUGAGAAUGGCCGAUGGACAGGACCUAAAUGUAAGCAUAUCAUCGUUAAACGCUUUUGGAGAAGGAGAAGGCGAUAUUCUCCUCCACCACCACCACCUCCAGAUACUACACCUCCUGUUAUUGGUUGCCCAGGUGAUAUAUUUGUCACUGCUCUCCAGUUACAGACGACUGCUGUGGUAUCCUGGACCGAGCCGUCUGCGCAUGAUUCUAAGGACGGAAACGUGGCCACAAUAAGGUCGGGUCCUGCACCUGGAAGCGUAUUUUCGGAGGGAGUGACAACCAUUAGCUACACUGCCAGAGACAGUAGUGGAAAUUCUGCAUCCUGCUCCUUUAGAGUACACAUCACAGUUAAACGUUGUUCGGCGCCCUCUUAUUCCGGAUCCUUCACAUGUACUGCCGGAUCCUCGUAUCUAUACGGGGCUGUUUGCACUUUUGAUUGUUCGGCUAUAGGGCAUGAGUUGAUUGGACAAUCUACAGUCACGUGCCUAUCAUCUGGAUCUUGGGACAAUGCUAUUCCAUCAUGUCAACGUGUGAAUUGUGGUGAUCCCGGCGGAUUGACCAAUGGCGGAGCGGUUACCUCGGGAAUAUUAUACGGCGAUAACGUGACAUAUACAUGUCAAACGGGAUACAACAUUACCGGAGAUGUAAAUCGCACAUGUCAAUCAAACGCAGUGUGGUCAGGAUCACGUCCAAAAUGCUGGUACUCAAUCAGCUGUUCUAGUUCUCCUUGUUUAAAUGGAGCUACUUGCACCAAUACUUUGGGAGGAUACAGAUGUUGGUGUACACCAGGAUGGACCGGAAGCACUUGUCAGACAGAUAUUCAACCACCUGUAAUGACCGGCUGUCAGAAUUCAGAAACCAUUCUGACGACACAACCGGAAGCCUUUGCCUCAUGGAACAUACCGUCUUUUCAAGAUCCAAUGGGAAGACAACUAAUUGUUUCGUCCAAUUACCCAACUAAUUCGACCUCUUUCCCCUGGGGAGACUUUACUGUACAAUACUCAGCAUUAAAACCAAGCAAUGGUUUACGCACGGAGUGCAAUUUCACGCUCUCCAUUAGACCUGUACCAUGUACCGAUCUGGUGAUCCCUAACAAUGGAGCCAUUCUUUGUAACGGUUGGGAUACCGACAUACUAAAUUUGUGUGUAUUAGUUUGUAAAUCUGGGUACUCCGUCCCCCUCGGUUACAGUGAAGAUGUUGUAUAUGUGUGUGGGUCUAGUGGAAAUUGGUCACCUGCUGGGUCACUUCCGGAGUGUAUAGCCGUGACUUCUACUUAUUCUCGGAGUGCCCCGUCUUUUACCGACUGCUCUAGUAACACGACACAACCGGAUCUCUCCAGCCAUUACAUUGACCUUGUGAAAAAAUCCAAUUUUGCUCACAUCUGUAAAACAUCAACAUGUGAUGUAAAUAACAUUGAUAUUCGAUGUUGAAUAUUACAUAUGCAAAUGCAUUUUUGUGUACAAGUGAUGAUCAUGCAGUAUUUACUUUACUUCGAUUCCAGGGCAUCUAGUUUUAGGCCUGUUUGUUUGUAGCAAAGACAAAAUUAACAUUGGUCAUAUAUAUCUUUUACAUCAUAAGAGGUAGACCUUUGAUAUUUGGUAUGUGUAGUCCUGUUGGUCAGACCUUUUCAUUGCCAUCAUUGAUAUGGUGACCUUAACAUUGACCUCUCACCUACUUUUAGACAAUUUGAAUGUAAGCCACCUCUCAUACUUCAAGUAUCACAUAAGUAGCUUCAUAAGGGUGUAUUUUGAGUUCUUUGUUACAUGUACUUGUAUUGUACAUUAUUGAUAAUUAUACAUGUAUAUUGAAAAUUGUACACUAGAAUUUUUUUGCUGAUGAUGGGCAUUACAUAUGAGUAAGAAUGGCUUAUUAUGUAUCUAUAAAUUUCUUCCUUCGGAUAAUUGUUAAAUGAAUAUUUUUUGCCUACAAAUUCAAAUGAUUUUUAAACCUAUCAAAGACAAAAUGAAUGCUUCUGGGUACAUAUUAAAGAAAGUCAAAAUUCGUUAGAUCUCUAGUUUCUGGUCAUCUACUAGAAAACUUUGCAGUGAAAAUGUACUUGGCGUCCACAUACACAAUACACUCCCAAAUUCUUCUCACAUCAACUCAGUUUACAAAUCCAUUGCUGGUCAAUUAUAUUUUUGUGUAGAAUAAGAAAAUACCUAACCCUCAAUUCAGACAAGAAAACUAUUUUACAAUGUGAGGUAAUGCUUCCCGAAACAGCUAACUUGUAUUCAUAAACUUGAAUAGCGAGCAACAAGGAUUAUACUGAAAGUUGCUCCGGAUUUAUCGUCUUUAUCACUAUUUCAACACUUGAACGGCUCACUGUGUUCGAACAAGUCCAAUUUAAGGUUUACAAAUACAUUGAGUUGUACAAUUCUUUCACUGCAUGGUCCCUGGUUAUCGGAAUGAUUUGUUUAUGUUUCAUUAUUCUGAAAAAUAUACUGUAAUUUACGAUCUCAAUCCAAUCAUGAUCUGAGUAUGUCUAUAUUCAGAUUAAGUUUGUUCAAAAAUUCCCUUCAGUAUUCGAGUGUAAAGCUCCGGAAUUACCAUUACAUGUAUGUGUAGGAUCAUCGCCCUCAAAUCUCAAUUAUAAACUGCAUGUAUGAAAAUGCAUUGUACGUAAACGAAAUGUCUUUUCUAAUCAUUAGAAUAUUGUGAAGAAUGUAAUUCAUUUCAUCAUCAAUAUGUGUUUUUAAUUAUCUGCUCGUGUUAUGAAAAGGUGAAGAUAACAAACAGUGAUCAAUCUCGUAACUCCUAUAAAGAAUACAGAAUUAAUACUUGGAUUUACACAGACCCUUGGAUAUACCAGAGGUGGGAUCAGGUGCCUAGGAAGAGUAAACACCCCCUGUCACACCCACCGUGAGCCCUGUAUCUUAAUAAUGUAAACGGAAUCAUCCGUAGUCGAAAUUUGUGUAUAAAGAACGACCAAACAAUAGCUAUGAAUACAUCAAUAUAUUUUGUUCAGUUAUUGCACAUUUACAAUGAAACACGCUUAUAACGAAUUUACACUUAUCAAGAAAUGAUACUCCCGUAUGAGAAGAAAGUAACGAAAAUUGCCUUGGAUAUAACGAAGUCUAGUUAUAAGGAUUUAUUUUCCGCCAGCCCUGGAGCUUCGCUACAACCGUGUUUUACUGUAUUGACUUUAGGAAGAGGGCUUCGAAAAUGGAUAGUGCUAUGCAAUAAUCGAGCAAAACUAUCAAUGUCACCUUGGGUGGUUAACAUGGGAUGCUUACUUUUCCCGAUCCCACCUCAAGAGUUUCCAGGGGUCCGUGUUUGUCCUACUCUCUCAAUUUUGCAUUCUUCAAUAGGAUUUAUGAGAUUGAUUGUUAUCUUUUCCUUAUCAUAAUUACCAUUGUUAGCUUAAUCAGUAUUUCAUUCAAUGAAUAAUUGAAUAGGAUUAGGUCAAAGGCAUAAUCCGUAAAUACACUCUCCCUUUUAUUAUUAUAACAUGUACUAGGUUAUCAUUUAGAAAUGCUUUCCUAAAUAGUUCAUGUGUAUCUUAACACAACGUAGAUUGUACAUGUAUUAUUCUGAUUUUACGUUUUCUCAUUACGUGUCUCCUAAAGUGCCAAACAUUUAUAUCUGAAUUAUAUAUAUGCUCUUAUUACAUCUACUUGGGAAUUCAGACUUUUUUUUUUUAAAUGUAAGUCUGCAACAGUGUUAAAAUCAGCUAGUUGUACAAAUUUGAAAUCUAUGAAUUCCUUAUUUCAUUGGAAAUAUGAUCGAGAUAAAUAUGUGUACCAGGAAGUUUGAGCAUGAAAAUUUAAUUUGAUUGACAUAUACUUUGCUCUACAUGCUAUCUACAACAUGCUAUCUACAAAUCAAGACAUGAUCUGUUUCAAAAUUUAAUCAAGCUAAUAAAAUCCCUUAGUUUAAUGAAAAGUUUGUUAGCUAUAUAUAUAUUUUUCUCGGUGAUUUGACAAUUACGAACAUAACAUGUACCACUGUAUAUCUCAUUUUAUGUGACUAUUUAUAUAGAUAAUAGGAAUUUUAUUUAUUCUUCAAGUACCUCAAAAUUGUAAUUUAUCCGGGUAUUAGUCCCUACCGACAGAACUUGCACUACAUGUAUAUUCAGUCCAUCUUUUAAAACUUUUCCGGACCUUUUUGUCAUCAAGCCUUGAUUCAGGGAGCUGAAAUGUAUGUGGUUGACAACUGUAUGCUCCGACUUCACAGAUCAAGCAUACGUUUCGUCACAUUUCAAUGAAUGCCUUUUACGAGAUUUAUGGGACUUUGUGCCGAAUAUUGUGUUUCGAACUUUCCCCCACUGUCUUAACUUAUAUGAUUCUAAACUUUGGUAGAUGUAUGUGGUUACCUAAUACAAAUCAAGUUUCAUUUUUGCUAAGGUUGACUUAUUCUAACAAGAAGUGUAGGUUUUAGCUUCAUGAUUGAAUAUUCUUCAUCAUUUUCUCCCGGACCUCGCUUCCCAUGCUUUGAUUUAGGAAGCUGGAAUUUGGUAUAUGAUUUACCGUUUCUAAAUAAAAUUUAAGUUUCGUCACAGUGGACUUCUUUUACAAUAUUGAUGGGACUUGACUUGGUACCGCAAUGGGACAUGUAUUGCAAUACAUACAUAAUGCUUGUUAUCAUAUAAAUGUGUCUGUGAUACAUACUGCGUGUGCAAGAACAUACAUUUUCUAAAUUGAAAAAGUCUAGUCUUUAUAUGUCAUAUCUGCAUAUGUCUAAUAUAUGUAGCUCUAUUUCAUCACAUUAAAAACUUGUUAUUGUGUUUAGGUAUUUGUUCAAUAAAAUAUCUGUAUCCAUCAAUA